GACCAUCAACAAAACAGACAACACAAAAAUCAAAACAAAUGUGUAGAUGUAGGAAUGUUUCAAUAAAGACAAGAAGCCCGAAAAUGAAGAGGCGUUCGCUGCCAACCGUCCGCGAGGAGAGCCGUGGGAUGAGUUUGUGCAACAGUGAUUUAGCUAUCUAUGUGAUGGUGACGGCCACUGCCGUAUUUAGUUAUGUGAACAGUUUGAAUGGUGACUUCGUGCAUGAUGACAUCCCAGCUAUAGUGACCAAUGGUGACGUCAUCGGCACGAAUUCUCUGAAGCAACUCCUGUUGAACGACUUCUGGGGCACUCCUAUGGCGGAUCCCAGUAGCCACAAAUCUUAUCGGCCGCUCACCACGCUUUCUUUUCGAUUGAAUCACGCCCUGUGGGGCUUCCGGCCUUGGUGGUGGCACGCGUGCAAUGUCUGCCUGCACGCGGCGUGCUGCGCGCUGGUUGCACGCGCCUGCGUCACUGUAGCACGUCUGCAGCGACCCUUCGCCGCCCUCGCUGCACUACUUUUCGCGGUACACCCUGUACACACUGAAGCAGUGGCUGGAGUAGUUGGACGAGCAGACGUGCUGGCCUGCAUAUUUUUUCUUUCAUCACUUUUAGUGUACCAUAGACCAACGAGUGGAAAGAAAGGCGUAUGGCUAAGCGUAUUUCUGGGCGCUCUGAGUAUGCUCGCCAAGGAGACGGGAAUUACUAUACUGGUGCUAAACAUCGCUAUCGACUUCUAUAGAUGCUGGCCAUUCGUGAAGAGGUCGAUCACUGCUUGGAAGAUAGAGAAGAAGUGCACGGGGCUGUCGGUGCGGACGUUCAAAGUGCUGGUGUCGCUAGCACUGCUGGUAUGUCUGCGACUCGCGCUGCUGCAAGGGACGUGGCCUUCUUUUUCCCCUCAAGAUAAUCCUGCCGCUUUCCAUCCUAGCUUCUUUGUCAGAUUAAUGACAUUCUGUUACCUGGCUGCGUUCAACUGGUGGUUGCUCCUCUGCCCCUGGACAUUGAGUCACGAUUGGCAGAUGGGCUCGGUGCCUCUCAUCACCAGUGGCUGGGAUCCGAGGAACUUCCUCACGUGUGCCGCGUUCGGCGCGCUCUUACUCCUGUGCUAUCGUUGUAUAGCUGAUAUUGAGAUCCACCGGCACACGCCCGCUGUCAUUGGUGUAUUAUUACUUGUCGUACCUUUUGUGCCGGCCUCAAAUUUACUUGUCACAGUCGGCUUUGUCAUAGCCGAAAGAGUACUUUAUAUACCCAGUGUUGGCAGCGUGAUAAUCACGGCGUAUGGUGUCCAGUUAAUGUGGUGCUCCAAGCCUGGGACUAAAGUGUUUCUGGUCGUCGGUCUAGCUGUGCUGGGCGGCAGUGGUAUCGCAAGAACUUGUCGUAGGAACAUUGAAUGGAAAGAUCGAGCAACAUUGCUAAGGUCGGACUUAGUGAGUUUGCCGCAGAACGCUAAACUGCACUACAACUUCGCAAACUUCCUACGCGAGACUGAGCAGCAAGACCACGCUAUCAAACAUUACAAAGAAGCUUUGAGAUUAUGGCCGACGUACUCGAGCGCCCACAACAACCUAGGCACAUUAGUCAGCGGCGUGGAGAACGCGGAGCACCACUUCCUGCAGGCCAUCAAGUUUAACAAGCACCACGUGAACGCACACUACAAUCUCGGGAAGUUGUACAAGAAGAGUGGACGUACAAAUAAAGCAAUAAAAAUGCUAGAAAAAUGCGUGAUGUUGCGGCCACAAUUCGUUCAGGCGCAUGUUGAGCUACUAACGAUGAUACCCGAACUGGAAAAGCGAAAGGUUUUAUCAAAGUUGGUACAACUGGAGCCUAAUAAUUGGGAAUAUUACGUUUUAUAUGGAAACUGGCUACGAGAAAAAGGUAUUAUUAGAAUAGCAUUAAAGUACUACCUAGAAGCGAUGCGACUUACUUUUAAAACACGAAAUAUUGAAAGUUUGAUAAGAGGCGACCUCAUUUCAUAUCGAUCAGCGGCUUUGAUGCUCAGGAGGCAGGGACAGAAGUCGAGGACUUUACAACUUUUGACAAGAUGGCAUACAUGGAGGAGAGGCUGGCCCAGUACGGCUGCAGCGCACAUGUAUCUAAGAGAUUGGCGGCUUAAAAUAGAGUUAGAGGGACGAGUACAGAUCUAUAGCAAAGCUGUGAAUCCAAUAAAGUCAACAAAAUGCUUCGACCAUACUCAGCUAGUCAUAGAAGUGGGAUCUGUCAACCAAGAGAAUCAGAAUUUACAAGAAGCUCUUUUGCUUGAAAAAAGCAAUGAUAACACAUUCAAGAAGAGCGUAAAAGAAGAAAAUCUUAGCAAUGGCAAAACAAAUAGUGCAGCGUGUAAUAUCAAAACGUGCAAAAUAAAAAAACGUGGUCCCUCACUUACAUCACAAAUUAAGACAAUACAUAAUAAAUCUGAAAUUGGACAUAAAGGUAAAAGGUGUUCUAUGCAUAGAAAGGAAAAAAAUUCUCAAGGCAAUAAUAUGAUACCAAAAUUCACAGCCCCUCUAUCGGAGCAUAUUCUAAUUAAAACGUUUUAAAUCUAGCUUUAUAUAAUUUUAAUUAUAUUGUGAUGAAUUGUGUAUAUCUGACUGAAGUGAUGCUAUUGAUAAUUGGAUAUACCGAGUCUAAAAUAAUUGAUGGUAGUUGUAAAAAUAUG